AUGUCGACUACUUCUAUUGAUGCAUCAAAGAACUUGUCUCAAAGCUCCUCUCCUCAUAGGGAUGAGUUGAGUAAAGACAGAGGUGCUCUCGAACUGGGUAUCGAGAGUGCCUGGACUUGUGACGAAACAUUCGUCACUGGAGUCAAACUGUCUGACAGUCAGAGGGCAGAACCCCCAACUAGCAACCAGCUAUCCGCCAAAGACGCGGAAGGAGCACUGGGUGCACCCAUAGAAACUAGCACCCCUCUCAUUUUUAGUAAUGAGGGCAACGGGACCAAGCCCCCGUCAGAUAACACGAGUAGGGGUUCAGCGCCGAUGAGCAUAUCCCCACUACUCCGAAGCGUUGCUGGGCAACCCUCUCCGAUACUACUUGACAUGGCAAUUAAAAAUGAUGAUAGCCCAAACCGUAGUACAAUCAAAAUGAGUGAACCACAAGUCAAUGUCAGCUGGGCUGACCUCCCUAUCAAUGACGACAAAUUAGGCGACUUACCCGAGUUCCCAGCACAAAGCCCAAAGAGCAAGGCCUCGUCCUUGGGCUCUCCCCCGUGUAUCCCUGCUGAACUUAAAGGUAAAUCAGUAGAUACACAAGAAUGGAAAAUCCUACCGCCAAAAGACUGGCUAGACCAAUGGUCAGACCUCAACGAAGGACUUGUAGAAGCAUUGCGACCAGGAUCCAAUGACCCAGACUCUUCCUUGCGAGAUAUCUGGGACGAAGAUAAUAAAUGGUUAUCCAUACAACUACAAAACCUUUACCUAAGACAAUACCGCAACCAAGUGAAAGAAGAACUGGUUGAACAGUCCAUCAUGACCAGAGAAGAAGAAGCUCAAAAACGAAUUAGAGAAGCUCACCAAGCCCCUGUCAUCAGCGUCCAACUCCCCCCUCCUAACCCAGAGGGUGUUAUGCGAAACCUCUCAGAUGAGAUCUGGUGGCGCUAA